AUGCAAAACAACAUCACUCGCCCUUUCCUUUUCAUCAACAGUGGUAGAGAGAUACAAGGCUUAAUAACUGGGGUUUGCUUAGUUGAAAAAUCUUCAUUCACAUUCCAGUUUACUGGGUGUUCUUGGAAGUGGGAUUUUAGUCUUGAAGAAAACAAAAGAAUGAGAAGAUCGAAGGAGAACAAUCCAGGCUCCAUUGCAGCACCAAAUGCCAUACCUAUAAAUUUUCAACAGGUACACUAUAAAUUUGAACUUAAGGAAGAAACAUUGUUCCUUGCAAUCAAUCUCAUAGACAGAUUCUUAGAGCGUUGCACCAUAAUCCGAAAGAAGCUUCAAUUGGUAGGCAUGACGGCUAUGUUGUUAGCAUGCAAAUAUGAGGAGGUUUCUGUCCCAAUAGUGGAGGAUUUUGUUCUGAUUUCGGACAAAGCUUAUACGAGGAAGGAUGUUCUAGAUAUGGAGAAGUUAAUGGUGAACGCUUUACAAUUCAACAUGUCUGUGCUAACUCCGUAUGUUUUCAUGAGGAGAUUUCUCAAGGCAGCACAAUAUGAGAAAAAGCUUGAAUUUCUCUCGUUCUUCCUCAUUGAGUUGUGCAUGGUUGAAUAUGAAACGCUCAAGUUUCAGCCAUCUCUGCUAGCUGCUGCAGCAAUUUACACAGCUCAGUGCAGUCUUUGGCGGCUCAGGACCUGGACUAAGACCAGCGAGUGGCAUGCAAACUACACAGAAGAUCAGCUGCAGGAAUGUUCAAAGUUGAUGGUUACUUACCAUCAGAAGGCUGGAUCAGGAAAACUGAAGGGAGUGCAUAGGAAGUAUAGUUCAUAUAAGUUUGGGUAUGCAGCAAAAACUGAACCAGCACUGUUUCUCCUAGAUCCCCGACACAACUGCUAGAUGAUGGUUUGACAAUUUGUCAAGUAAUCUAAUCGGAAAAACCACGGAAUUCUCGAUUGCAACCACGACUGUUUCUCCU